UAAAAAAGCUUAUAAAAUAACCCAUGUACAACUCUUGGCAAAUCGCAUUACAUUCCCAAUCCGCGUAGGGAGGAAGCAGAGAAAUUAAAAACAAAAACAAAACGAUGUCGUAUUUGCUGCCGCACCUUCACUCCGGGUGGGCCGUCGACCAGGCGAUACUCGCCGAGGAGGAGCGCCUCGUCAUCAUCCGUUUUGGCCACGACUGGGACGAGACUUGCAUGCAGGUGAAAGUAGUACUUUCUGUACUUAGUGUUGCAAUCUGGAUGGAUGAGGUGCUGGCUUCAGUAGCCGAGACCAUAAAGAACUUUGCUGUUAUUUACCUCGUGGACAUAACGGAGGUGCCCGAUUUCAAUACAAUGUACGAACUGUAUGAUCCCUCAACUAUUAUGUUCUUCUUCAGGAACAAGCACAUAAUGAUUGAUCUUGGCACGGGAAAUAACAACAAGAUCAACUGGGCCAUGAAAGAUAAGCAGGAAUUCAUCGAUAUUGUUGAGACUGUAUACCGUGGUGCUAGGAAGGGCCGUGGUCUCGUUAUUGCUCCCAAGGAUUACUCUACCAAAUACCGUUAUUGAGUUGUUGUGUGUUAACCUUCAGAAAGAACAGAAAAAGACUAAUAAUAAUGGUGACUACUCGAUUUUAGUGAUAUCACGGUUGAUAAAAGACUAAUAAUAAUGGUGACUACUCGAUUUUAGUGAUAUCACGGUUGAUUUAUGCUUUAUGGUGCGAUUGGGAGUUAUUUGUGUAUUGUUUAUGAUUGAUAUGUCCGGAUAUUAUCUUUUGUGACAAAUUGUCCGGCUCCUAUUGGAUGGAUUUGAACUUCGUAUUCUUAAUAUUCUGUAAUGUCAAUUCUGAAGAUUUUGAUUGAGAUAUAAGGUUCCAUAUGGA